GAGUUCUCGGCGCAGGAGGGGCGUGUCCGCCUCGAGGCCAAGCACGAGCUGAGCAGUUUCGUCAUCGAGAGCGCCGAGCGCGCCGACGAGGGGCGCUACGAGAUCCGCGUCACCAACCCGGCCGGCGAGGACACGGCCGCCAUCACCAUCCGCGUCGUGGAUGUGCCCGACCCGCCCGAGGCCGUUCGCGUCACCCAGGUGGGCGAGGACUGGGCCGUGCUGGUCUGGGAGCCGCCCAAGUUCGACGGCGGGCAGCCGGUCACAGGUUACCUGGUGGAGAGGAAGAAGAAGGGCUCGCACAGGUGGAUGAAGCUCAAUUUCGAGGUGCUGCCCGCGCUCACCUUCGAGUCCACGCGCAUGAUCGAGGGCGUGCUCUACGAGAUGAGGGUCUUCGCCGUCAACGCCAUCGGGGUCUCGGCCCCCAGCCUCAACACCCCGCCCUUCAUGCCCAUCGCCCCCACCAGCGAGCCCACCCACCUGACGCUGGAGGACGUCACCGACACCACGGCCACGCUCAAGUGGCGCCCGCCCGAGCGCCUGGGGGCCGGCGGCAUCGACGGCUACCUGGUGGAGUGGUGCCGAGAGGGGGACACCAACUGGACCCCCGCCAACACGGAGCUGGUGGAGCGCUGCGGGCUGACGGUGCGCGGGCUGCCCACCGGGGAGAAGCUGCUGUUCCGCGUGGUCGGCGUCAACAUCGCGGGCCGCAGCCCCCCGGCCACCAUGGCCCAGCCCGUCACCAUCCGAGAGAUCGUCGAGCGCCCCAAAAUCCGGCUGCCCCGGCACCUGCGGCAGACGUACGUGAGGAAGGUGGGGGAGCAGGUGAACCUGGUGAUCCCCUUCCAGGGUAAGCCCCGCCCCCAGGUGACGUGGACGAAGGAGGGCGGGCCCCUGGGCGAGGACGUGCACGUGCGCACGUCGGACCGGGACACGGUGUUCUUCAUCCGCGCCGCCGCCAGGGGGCACUCGGGGCGCUACGGGCUCAGCGUGCGCAUCGAGGGCAUGGAGGACACGGCCGAGAUGCGCCUGCGCAUCGUCGAGAAACCAGGGCCCCCCAAGAACGUGCAGGUGAAGGAGGUUUGGGGGUUCAACGCCCUGGUGGAGUGGGAGCCCCCCGAGGACGACGGCAACGCCGAGAUCACCGGGUACACCAUCAUGAAGGCCGACAAGAGAACCAUGGAGUGGUUCACGGUGUACGAGCACAACCGGCCCCUGCGCUGCACGGCCUCGGAGCUGGUGAUGGGCAACGAGUACCUGUUCAAGGUGUUCAGCGAGAACCUGUGCGGGCUGAGCGAGAAACCGGGGCUGUCCUGCAACACGGCCGUCAUCCCCAAAGCGGAGCUGCGGCUGAAGCCCCCCCCAGUACCAGGAGCACGAUUUCCGCUCGGCCCCGCAGUUCCUGACGCCGCUGGUGGAUCGCAGCGCCGUGGCCGGAUACUCCACCGCCCUCAACUGCGCCGUCAGGGGGCACCCCAAGCCCAAGGUGGUGUGGCUCAAGAACCAGAUGGCCAUCGGGGACGACCCCAAGUUCCUGGCCCGGCACAGCCAGGGGGUGCUGACGCUGCUGAUCCGCAAGCGGGGCCCUUCGACGGCGGCACCUACACCUGCCGGGCCGUCAACGAGCUGGGCGAGGCCCUCACCGAGUGCCGCCUCGAAAUUCGGGUGCCCCAGUGAUGGUGACAAAAAAUGGCCAGCACCAUCCUGCAGAGCCACAGGCCCAUGGUGGUGAGGAAGAAGAGUGUGUGGGUGACGAAGGCCCCAUGAGCCCCAUAAAAAUAAAGAAUCUGAGCAAUC